AUGGUGGUGGGAACGAGCAAUUACUGGGAAGAUCUCAGGAAACAGGCUCGUCAGCUGGAAAAUGAACUUGACCUGAUACUUGUUUCCUUCAGUAAUCUAUGUACAAGUUACAGUUAUAGCAGCACCCAAGAUGGAAGACGCGACAGGUAUAGUUCUGACACAACACCCCUUUUAAAUGGAUCAAGCCAGGACAGAAUGUUCGAGACAAUGGCAAUUGAGAUUGAGCAGCUUUUGGCCAGGCUUACAGGAGUAAAUGAUAAAAUGGCAGAAUAUGCCAACAGUGCAGGUGUCCCCUCCUUGAAUGCAGCACUAAUGCAUACAUUAAAGCGACAUAGAGAUAUACUGCAGGACUAUACACAUGAAUUCCAUAAAACCAAAGCAAAUUUUAUGGCAAUACGGGAAAGGGAGAAUCUUAUGGGAUCAGUGAGAAAAGAUAUUGAGUCAUAUAAAAGUGGAUCUGGAGUCAAUAACAGGAGAACUGAGCUAUUUUUGAAAGAACAUGACCACCUUCGAAACUCAGAUCGCCUGAUAGAAGAAACAAUAAGCAUUGCUAUGGCAACAAAAGAAAAUAUGACUUCGCAGAGAGGAAUGCUAAAGUCAAUUCACAGCAAAAUGAACACUUUGGCCAAUUGUUUUCCUGCUGUGAACAGCCUAAUCCAGAGGAUCAACUUCAGGAAGAGGUGA